GCCGAGGGUGAUGUGAGGAGGGUUUGGUGGUGGUGGGGAGCAACACGGGGGCAGGCGGACAAAGAGAGAGCAGUGAAGAGAGUGAGGGAGUGAGUGGGUUAGUACUCAUCAUCAUGUGAAGAGACUUGGAAGCACCUGGAGCUCAGCCGAGGCGUUUCUCUCCGCAGACGGGAGUGAAGUGACUGAGGGCUCUCCACCGUGAGCGCACCACUUGGCUCCUUCCUCGCUGCCACCCAGAGCGACUCAGCAGCCACAACCUCGUCCAAAUGAUCCUCAGCCAACGCCGUCGGGAUGUGAAAAUCAAACUCAAAGUUAGAGGCACUGGAUAUUGUCACUGCCUGCUGUUGCUGCAGCUGAAUAUGCACCUCUGUUCAACAGGAAUGCCUGGAUGUUGACUACUGCUCAUGUACCAAAUCGUCCAGACAAGGAAAUCACUUCUAGCCGUGUCUUGAAUUUUGGACUCAAGCUGCACAUUAUGAUUCAGAGAACAUGCAAAGUCUUCCUAGAUUGUGCCCACCCAUCUGUCUAACCUCUCUCUAAUGCAUUUCAAACACUAUUCUGUACAAACUGCAUAAUAACAAUGCUAACAUCAGUAGCAUUUUGAAGAUGGAUUACCUGAUUUCAGCACAGCAGGUUUCAUCUGCAUACAUUAUAUUUCUCUCUCAGUGUUUCUGCAUGCAUCUUGUCAUUUUAUUUUCCUUGAUGCAUUGCCAGUGUAGUGGCAUUUGCUCGAGGCGUCAUCAUUCAAAUUAUGUUUUGACAAGACAGACUUAAUGUGAUCAUUACUCUAAUGGCUUUUAUGAGAAUGCCCUGAUGCCCCUUUUCUGCAGUAAACUUAAAUAGGUCUGUGUUUCAGUAUCAGCUGCUCAGGACAGUGUUUCGUAUCAUUGUGGUAUUGGAACUGAUGGUUAAUGUGCUGGACAACAUGACCCCACCUCCUCUGACACAGAACUGUUCCAACUGCAGCCAAGCGUUAGUCCCAGAGCUGAAUGUGGUCAAAGCUGUGGUUCUAGGCCUGGUGCUUGGUGUCUUCAUCGUGUUCGGAAUUGUGGGGAACAUCCUGGUAAUCCUCUCAGUUGUUUGUCAUCGGCACCUGCGGACAGUCACGCAUUACUUUAUAGUUAAUCUGGCAGUGGCCGAUUUGAUGCUUAGCUCCACUGUACUACCCUUCUCUGCCAUUUUUGAGAUUCUGGAUCGUUGGGUGUUUGGACGGGUCUUUUGCAAUGUUUGGGCAGCUGUGGAUGUGCUCUGCUGCACGGCCUCCAUCAUGAGCCUCUGUGUGAUCUCUGUGGACCGCUACAUUGGAGUCAGUUAUCCUCUGCGUUACCCAGCUAUAGUGACAAAACGCAGAGCUCUGUUGGCAGUGAUGCUGCUGUGGGUGCUGUCUAUCAUCAUAUCUAUUGGACCUUUGUUUGGUUGGAAAGAACCAGCACCAGAGGACGAGUCCAUCUGCAAGAUCACAGAGGAGCCAGGCUACGCCAUCUUCUCUGCGGUAGGCUCUUUCUAUCUCCCUCUGGCCAUCAUACUGGUCAUGUACUGUCGGGUAUAUGUGGUAGCUCACAGAGAGAGCCGUGGCCUGAAAGAGGGCCACAAGACGGAGAAGUCAGACUCAGAGCAGGUGAUACUCAGGAUGCACCGAGGCAACACAACUGUAUCAGAGGACGAGGCCCUUCGCACCCGCACACAUUUCGCCCUGCGACUGCUCAAGUUCUCACGAGAGAAGAAAGCUGCCAAGACCUUGGGCAUCGUUGUUGGCUGCUUUGUGUUGUGCUGGCUGCCCUUUUUCCUGGUGCUACCCAUUGGUUCCAUUUUCCCUGCAUACAGACCUUCAGACACCGUCUUCAAGAUCACCUUCUGGCUCGGUUAUUUCAACAGCUGCAUCAACCCCAUCAUCUACCCAUGCUCCAACCAGGAGUUUAAGAAAGCUUUCCAGAGUUUACUUGGAGUUCACUGUUUGAGAAUGACUCCCAGACCACACCAUCAUCAUCUGGGUGCAGGUCAGAGUCAACCCCACGGUCACAGCCACGGCCUCACUCUGAGCCUGGACAGCAGGGGGCCUCCCAGCCGACUCAGCCCCUCCUCAUCCAUGGCCCUAUCUAGAACUCCUUCCUCCAGGGACAGCAGGGAAUGGAGGGUCUUCUCUGAAGGUUGCACUAGCGGAUCUGGACCAGCCGAAACAAGCAGAGCUAAAGUGGCCAAACUCUGCAACAAAAGCUUCCACCGGACCUGCUGCUGCAUCCUCAGUGCUGGGACUCCCCCGCAAGAGUCCAGCUGUGACCUGCCCCCUCCUGUCGGAAACCUUCCCACCAUUAAAAUCCACCAACUGUCCCUGUCGGAAAAAGGAGAGCCUGUAUAACCACAGUAAUCCUUCAUGCAUUUGUUAUGACUCCUCUUCCAAGGUCACAUGAGAAUAUAUUUCCUUUUGCUCCGUAAACAACACAAAGAAUGAGUGGUGAUGAAACUGUGUCUGCUUUGAAAUUUAAAUUGAAAUAUCUCAGCUUUGAUAUCUUUACUUUUCUUGGAUAUAAGAUUGUCAAAAUCAUAAACAUUAUAUUUUACCCUUUAAGAUGCUUUCUAAACACUGCAGAGCGCAGCUUCGAAGAGAUGGAAAAGGGGCAAGGGUCAGAUUUAGUAAAAGUGCAGAGAUAAGAUCGGGAAGCAAUUCCCUGAAGUGGACCAAGGUUUCUAAAUGUUUACAUAUUUUAUAUCACAGAAGAGCAGCUUAAAUGUGCUUUACGAGUAUGAAUAUAAAGGUUUUAUAGAUUGCAUGAUAUCAACAGUCAUUUGAAAAAUGCCGGUGCUCCUGUUGUUUCUAAAGUUUGCCUACUGCUGUUCCUGUAGUGAAACUGUUGUUUGUGUACUGCUAUGUACACAGUAAAAAAAAAACCAAGGGACCUCACGUAUUUCUGUGUCACGAAAAAUAAAUUUGUAUGACAUAUUCCUAACAAGG